AUGGCUAAAAAGACCUCUGAGUCAAUAGACCAUGAUCAAGAUGAUCGGUGCAAGGAGCUGAAGAAGAUCUUCUUCCGCCUAAACACGUUUUACACUUUUUUAAUGUCUAGAAAGCAUGUCGUAAGUACUUUUUCCACAUUAAGAAAGCCAAUCGAAAAGGACAUUAAAAGGGAGCUGACGCCUUUAGACUUGGCCAAGAUUGCGUACCUCCUUCCACGAGACAUCGUUUUUAAAUACAUGGACGUAAACCAGUUCCACACGGAAACUAAAGAAUUCGACUUCCGCAAUGGAGGGUUUCAGCAGAAGGCCAAUGAUAUCUUCGAGCUCAAACCUGAAAACAGCAACCUUAAUGACUCAGAUACCCUAGAAGACACUCAAAUACUUGUAUUUGAGUUUAUAGAUGGUGAUAUGUCACGGAAACUCUCACGACGUGAAUUCAAAACGCAAGUAAAGAUGCCAGAGUUCUCCCCUGACGCCAUGCGUAAAAUGAUUUCACAGCGCACAAAGAUCUUCGAAUCAAGUCUCAAAAGGUUUUUAACGCAACAAAAACUCAAAAACAGGGACCCCUGGGAGUAUUUGGAAUCUGAAGCAUUAUCAUUAGUACCGCAGAAAAAAGAGUUUGUAGAUCCGAUAGAGGCCAUGAUUAAGUCGCGAGAAGCACAAGGCGAUUCCCGAGUAGUGGUUGACGCGGAAAACAAUAUGACUCGACUCACAAUGCCCACAUUGUUAAAAAAGCUUGAGAUGUCAGAGCUUUACAAUAGUCAAAUAGUCAGCCAUAUGGUUCUUGAUGAACGAUCCGCUCAAUUUAGCGACUUGGCCUUUGACUUGGCGCCAGAAGCUUUGGCAGCCUUCGAGCAUAACACAUUCUAUUCUCACCAAGCGCAGGCGCUUAAUGCCAUUCAUAAAGGCGAAAAUGUUAUAAUCACAACUUCAACUUCAUCCGGAAAAUCCCUAAUUUACCAGCUUUCAGCAAUCGAUCAAUUACUUAAGUAUCCACAAGCUACUUUCAUGUACAUUUUCCCCACUAAAGCUCUUGCUCAAGAUCAAAAGAGAGCUUUUCAGGUCCUAUUGUCUAGAAUACCACAGUUAUCUCACAUUGUGGUUGACAACUAUGAUGGCGAUACUGAAGAAGAUAAACGUGGAUUUAUUCGCAAGAAUGCUAGGGUAAUUUUUACAAACCCAGAUAUGAUUCAUGUCAGUAUAUUGCCAAACCAUCCCAAUUGGCGACAUUUUUUGAUGCAUCUGAAACUUGUCGUAGUUGAUGAACUUCAUAUGUAUAAAGGGUUAUUUGGCUCUCAUGUUGCUUUGGUACUAAGAAGGCUUCAGCGGCUUACUCACGGGUUCUAUAACAAUUUUGACAUCAAAUUUAUUUCAUGUUCGGCCACUUUGAAGAGGCCUAUUGAGCAUAUGAAGAGUAUUUUUGGCAUAGAGCAGGUUACUUUAAUAAACGAGGAUGGCUCGCCAAGAGGUGAAAAGCACCUGGUAGUAUGGAACCCGCCCCUACUUCCUCAACAUGUUCGUAGAAGAGAGAACUUUAUUCACGAAAGCGCUAAAAUUCUAGUACAGCUCAUUUUAGAAAAUGUUAGAACCAUUGCGUUCUGUUAUGUUCGUCGUGUUUGUGAACUUUUGAUGAAAGAAGUGCGAACUAUUUUUCAGGAGAUGAACAGAACCGAUUUGUUGAAUGAGGUUAUGUCCUACCGUGGUGGCUAUUCCCCUUCCGAUAGACGUAAAAUCGAGCAAGAGAUGUUUCAUGGCAAUCUUAGGGCAGUGAUUUCAACUAACGCGCUAGAGCUUGGUAUAGAUAUUGGUGGUUUGGAUGCAGUACUCAUGUGUGGAUUUCCUCUUUCUCUUGCUAACUUUCAUCAACAAAGCGGGAGAGCAGGCAGAAGAAAUAGGGACUCAUUGACGCUUGUUGUUGCAAGUGACUCGCCUGUUGAUCAACAUUACGUUGCUCAUCCAGAGGUGUUGAAAGAUGGCGGCAACGAAUCUUUUCAAGAGCUCAUUUUAGAUUUUGAAAACGUUUUAAUUUUGGAAGGUCAUAUUCAAUGCGCAGCAUUUGAGCUGCCUAUUUUAAUUGACAAAGACCAGGCAUAUUUCGAAGCCAAAAUCUUGACGAAGACAUGCGAAGAGAGAUUACAUCACGACUCGAACGGCUAUCAUACGCAUAACAGAUUUCUUCCAUGGCCGGCAAAACUCGUAAGCUUGCGCGGGUCAGAAGAAGACCAAUAUGCAGUAGUCGAUAUCACCAAUGGAAGAAACAUUGUCAUCGAAGAGGUAGAAGCCUCCAGAACAAGUUUUACACUUUACGACGGGGGUAUUUUUGUCCACCAAGGAUAUCCAUACCUAGUAAAAGAGUUCAACCCUGAUGAACGUUAUGCCAAGGUACAGAGAGUAGAUGUCGAAUGGACGACAAACCAGCGCGACUUUACCGAUGUCGAUCCACAGGAGAUAGAAAUGAUUAGAUCUCUGGAAGAAAGCGACGUUCCGGUCUUCUUCGGAAAAAUUAAGACUACCAUCAUUGUCUUUGGGUUCUUCAAAAUUGACAAGUAUAAGCGAAUCAUCGAUGCUGUUGAAACCCAUAAUCCACCGGUGAUCAUUCAGUCAAAGGGAUUAUGGAUAGACAUUCCACCAUUAGCAAUAGAGCUUUGCAAGCGAAAGAUUCUAAAUGUUGCUGGUGGUAUACAUGCUGCACAACAUGCCAUCAUGGGUCUUCUUCCUGCCUUUAUUGUCGCGGGAGUAGAUGAGAUUCAUACAGAAUGCAAAGCCCCUGAGAAGGAAUUUGCUGAGCGCCAAACGCUGAGAAAACGACCCGCCCGGCUGAUAUUCUAUGACUCUAAAGGUGGAAAACAUGGCUCGGGACUCUCCAUCAAAGCUUUUGAACACAUAGAUGUUAUAUUAGAAGGAGCUCUUAAGAGAGUAGAAGAAUGCCCUUGUGAGAAUGGCUGUCCUGAAUGUGUGGCCGCAGCAUUUUGUAAGGAAAACAGUCUGGUUCUUUCCAAGCCCGCAUCCUUGAUCAUACUUCACUGUAUUUUGAACCACCCCGAGUCUAGUUUUAUUGACAACAUCAAGGAUGGUCCAGAACCCAAUAUGCCAGAUAUACAAAUUGAAACUAUUGUCCCGGCGACCGGGCACGCUAAGUUUUCACCAGAUUUACAGAUCAUCGAAACAAAGAAGACAGAGAAACUAUCUAGUGCGCCGCCUCUAGCAAUAAAAAAAGAAGAAAAUUAG